AUGUAUUGUAGUCAGUCGGAUUUUCGCCGCGGGAAAACUCGGAAAAGCCGCUCUCUUACACUCUUCCGGCCAGCCGAGGAUAUGAAAUAUAUUAUCGCCUCGAGGAAAUUCGAAUGA